AAUAAUGUUGCAUUCAUGGAUUUGAAAGUUGCCUAAAUAUACACACGUAGGUGUAAUAAAAAAAAUUCUAUAACAUAAAAAAUUUAUUUAAACUAUAUCCGGUUUAUUGUGUAAAUAUCUGAAAGCAUUUUUUUGCAAAACAAGUAGCAAAAUGGUUUCAUACUACAAUCCAAUGACUUAUUCCCAGAAACAUAAUCCAACUACUUUGAAUUAUCCGCCUGCACAACCAUGGCAGUGGACGGCAAAUUAUUCUACGACACCAAAUCAUCAACUACUGAACGAAAUGGAAUCAUCACAUAACCAUCAUCAAGUAUACUAUAACACACAUCAUAUGUUUCACCCAACUGGUGGUUCUACCGCAGAAUGGCAUUCUCCAUUAUCGACAACUGACAACUUAUUACAAAGUACAAAUGUGCAACAACUUAUCAAUGAAUCAAAUGAUGGCACUGUAAUAGGCAACAGUGCAAGUUCUUGUCGAAGUACUAAUUCUAGUGGUCCAUCUACAGUUGAGCUUGUUGGAAUAAAUGAAUCUAGACGUAAUGAUCAUAUCACCGAUGGGGUGCCAUCCCCCACUUUAGUAACAUCGGGGAGUAAUGCCACCAGUCCCGAUGUUUCCUUAUCAACGAAUUCAGUUCAAAAUUCUUCAAAUAAUACUGUAACUGGUGUAGUAAAUUCCGCCUAUAAUAACCACACAUCUCCUGUAAAGACACAGUAUUACGAAUGGAUGAAAAAACCUUCGUAUCCCACUCAACCGGCUCCUGUAUCCUAUGGGUAGCCAUCCGCUUGAAGGCGAGCAACAAUGUUGAAGCUGAGUUUGGGAUUCUCCACGUAAACCACGCCCCAAUGAGAAUGUUUAUAAAACCGAGUGAGUGACGUGUCGCAGCGGAGAGAAAAUAUACUGCUCACAUCGCAACGUUACGACCAAUUGGCGCCAUCAACAAUUGGUUGUUAACAGUCAAGACUUCGCACUAAGUAGCCAAUUGAGAAGUAAAGUUCUCUCGAGACAAGCAAAAACCAAACUCUAAAAGUCACUCAUUAUUCCCAUUCUGCUAUAUGGUGCAGAGGCAUGGACGAUGACAACAUCUGAUGAAACGACGUUACGGUGGAGAAAUCUUGCGAAAAGAAGAAAUAACUGGCAUGCUGUUGUUAACUCGGCAUAACAGCGUAAGCGAUUUCUACACCAGUAAAAAAGAUGAAGAUUAUACAUUUAUACUAGGAGUGGAUAGCUGUUUGUAAAAUGUUGACAAUUUAAUUUUGGAUACUGAGUUAUCACAGGAAUAUAAACCUGUAUAGUAUUUCAAAAACAUUAAUUUCCACUGAAUUAAGAUAUGCAAUCAAUUAGAAUGCUAUAGUGUGGUCUUUAAAAGCAUUACGUAGUAAGUUUUUUAAAAAUACACUCUGACUAUAAAUCACACCCAUCUACGGAUGAAAAGUUGAAAUUAUGCUUAAACGAAAUAUAAACAAACCCAGAUGAUUAUUUUAAACACGACAUAGAAAUAGACAAUCAAAAACUUGAAGAGCAAGAAGUAGAGAAUCUUUAGUUAGUGAUGAACACAUGUCGAGACUACAGUAUACAGCUAAUCGUUAAAAAUUUAAGGGUAUUCGUUUAAACGUGUAAAAGCCCCGUAAACCUCUUAAACUGUGUAUAUUUACGAACGCGUAAAAAUCUGGCAGCAACUUAUAUGGAAAUUCAUUUAAACACAUUACGCACCAAUGUCAGUGUGUAAAGAACGCUUGUAAAUUUACGAUAUUGCAAAAGCAACGCUUUAAAACGACCAGCUGAUGAAUAUUAUUGUGAAAAUU